AGAGCUGAGAGGAGGGCAGGUGUGUGCAGGUGCAUCACCUGGAUCAUGAGUUCAUCCCUCUGCUGGCUCCUCCCACUUCUCCUCAUCCUGGCCUCAGUGGCCCAAGGCCAGCCAACAAGACGACCAAGACCCAGGCCCAGGCCCAGGCCCAGGCCCAGACUCCAGCCCACACCCAGCUUUCCUCAGCCCCAUGAGCCCUCGGAACCUACAGACCUGCCUCCUCCCCUCCCACCGGGCCCUCCAUCAGUCUUUCCCGACUGUCCCCGGGAAUGCUACUGCCCCCCUGACUUCCCGUCUGCCCUCUACUGUGAUAGCCGCAACCUUCGAAAGGUCCCUGUCAUCCCAUCUCGAAUCCAUUAUCUCUAUCUCCAGAACAACUUUAUAACUGAGCUCCCAGUGGAGGCCUUCAAGAAUGCCUCGGGCCUCAGGUGGGUCAACCUGGAUAACAACCGAAUUCGCAAGGUAGACCAGAAGGUGCUGGAGAAACUACCCAGCCUGGUGUUCCUCUACAUGGAGAAGAACCAGCUCGAAGAAGUACCCUCGGCCCUGCCCCGGAACCUAGAGCAGCUGAGGCUGAGCCAGAACAGGAUCUCCAGAAUCCCACCCGGCGUCUUCAGCAAGCUGGAGAACCUGCUGCUCUUGGAUCUCCAACACAACAAGCUGAGUGACGGUGUCUUCAAGCCUGACACCUUCCAGGGCCUCAAGAACCUCAUGCAGCUCAACCUGGCCCACAACAUCCUGAGAAAGAUGCCACCCAAGGUCCCCACAGCAAUUCACCAGCUCUACCUGGACAGCAACAACAUUGAGACCAUCCCCAACGGCUACUUCAACGGCUUCCCCAACCUUGCCUUCAUUCGCCUUAACUACAACAAGCUGUCAGACAAGGGGCUCCCCAAGAACUCCUUUAAUAUCUCCAACCUGCUGGUGCUCCACCUGUCCCAUAACAGGAUCAGCAACGUGCCUGCCAUCAGCAGCAAGCUGGAGCACCUGUACCUCAACAACAACAGCAUUGAGAAAAUCAAUGGGACCCAGAUCUGCCCCAACAACCUAGUCGCCUUCCAUGACUUCUCCUCGGAUCUGGAGAACGUGCCACACCUCCGCUACCUGCGGCUGGAUGGGAACUUCCUGAAGCCGCCCAUCCCGCUGGACCUCAUGAUGUGCUUCCGCCUGCUGCAGUCUGUGGUCAUCUAGGCCUCACUCUGCCCCUGGAUCUCCUCUGACUGGACUUGAAUGCUGGUGGCCCAGGCACCUAUGCCCACCAUUCAUUUUCUCUCUCCCGUUCUUGCUCCUAGCUUUGUCUUUCUUAUCCCAGCUUCCUGAGGCAGGUACAGGCCACAUAUCCUGCAGCACCUGAGGCUUCUAGAU